AUGAAAGGGACAGGAGGACCCACUGGACAGCUACUCCCAGAACACCACAACACUGGAUCAGAGACGAGUUCUACUACCACUACUACCCCUUCUCGGACACUCGUCUUCCUCACCGUCAGCUUCUAUCUGGUCGCCGCAUUGGUCAUGGUCUUCGUUAACAAAUGGGUCCUCAACUCAGUCUCAGUCCCGGUCUUCUUGCUCUUCUGUCAAUUGGUAAUCGCCGUCGUCCUCCUCAAGCUCUCCCACUUCGCAGGACUGAUCAAGUUACCCCAACAUCUCUUCAGGAGUCUCUUCAACUCUGCUUCCCACUUCAAAGUGCUCAAGUCGGUCUUGCCCAUGGUCCUUAUCAAUGUCUCCGGCUUGAUCUUUAAUACGUAUUGUUUAAAGUUCGUCGAUGCUUCUUUUUAUCAGGUUGCAAGAGGGUUAAUUUUACCAUUCACAGUCUUUGCAUCACACAUGUUUUUGGGCACCAGAGCAUCGAUGCGGAUAUACAUAUCAGUGGGAAUCGUAUGUUUGGGGUUCAUGUUAGGCGUGAGUUCGGAGCGGAUGACGGUCUCGCAAGCGGGGGUGAUUCUAGGGAUUCUAUCGUCAGUGACGACGGCGGUGCACGCGAUCGUGGUGAAGCAGACGCUUGAGAAAGUGCCCUCGACGAUCGCCUUGACCUACUACAGCAACGGCCUCUCCGCGCUGAUCGUCCUGCCCCUCGUCCUCCUCGUCGGCGAGACCCCGACGAUCUUCGCGCUCUUCUCCGACGGCUACGAGCGCUUUAGAACCUUCUUCCUCGGAACUCUCGUCACCGGUCUCUUCGGCUUCUUCAUCUGCAUCGCCGGCCUCCUCUCUAUCAAAGUCACCUCUCCCGUCACCCACAUGAUCAGUUCCGCAGUCAGAGGCGUCAUCCAAUCACAUAUAUUUAUCGUUAUCCACUCUGUCAUUCAAACCUCUCCCCCACCUACAUAUAUAUUCAUACAAUUUCGCUAUUUUGUUCCUGCCCAUCUACAAAACACUUAAGAAAACAUUGGAUAGAUGGAUCCAA